AUGGGUCUGUCUCUGACCAAGGAGACAAGGUGGCCCCAGCAACACCAUCCACCAUCCUGCCUGGCUUCUGCUCCCCACUCACACCUUCUUCACCCUGUUAAUUAUUACAAGGGAAACAAUGAAGGCCAAUGUGCACCAAAGUCCAGCGUGAGUGAGAAAAUAAGCAAUUUGCUCACAGCCAUGAGCCAGCCGACCACGGGCACCACGGAGCUGCCUGGGCUGCCAGGGGACACGGCAGCAGCCUUUGCAGUGGCAGACAUCAUCGUCGUGGUUCUGUACUUCGCCUUUGUCCUCGCUGUCGGGAUAUGGUCAUCGAUACGAGCGAGCCGGGGGACCAUUGGAGGCUAUUUUCUGGCUGGACGAUCUAUGACUUGGUGGCCUAUUGGAGCAUCCCUGAUGUCGAGCAACGUGGGCAGUGGUUUAUUCAUCGGCCUGGCGGGCACUGGAGCAGCUGGGGGCCUUGCUGUUGGGGGCUUUGAGUGGAAUGCCACCUGGGCACUGCUGGCUCUCGGCUGGAUCUUUGUGCCUGUUUACAUCGCAGCAGGAGUAGUCACCAUGCCUGAGUACCUGCAGAAGAGGUUUGGAGGGCAGAGGAUACAAAUCUACAUGUCCGUGCUGUCCCUGAUUCUCUAUAUAUUCACCAAGAUAUCCACAGACAUCUUUUCCGGAGCAUUGUUCAUCCAAAUCUCUUUGGGCUGGAACCUCUACUUGUCCACUGUGGUCUUGCUAGCAGUGACUGCUGUCUACACCAUAGCUGGGGGUUUGACUGCUGUGAUUUACACAGACGCGCUGCAGACCCUGAUCAUGGUGCUGGGAGCUUUGGUCCUCAUGUUCAUAGGAUUUGAAAAAGUUGGUUGGUAUGAAGGACUUCAGGAGAAAUACAGCACAGCAAUACCAAAGAUCACAGUCCCAAACACGACCUGCCACCUCCCACGUGCAGAUGCCUUCCAUUUGUUCAGGGAUCCCAUCACAGGAGACAUUCCCUGGCCUGGCCUUAUAUUUGGUCUCUCUGUGCUGGCUCUUUGGUGCUGGUGCACUGACCAGGUGAUAGUCCAGAGGUCUCUCUCUGCCAAGAACCUCUCCCAUGCCAAAGGUGGAUCAGUGCUGGGAGGAUAUCUGAAAAUCUUCCCUAUGUUUUUCAUUGUCAUGCCAGGAAUGAUCAGCAGAGCUCUUUACCCAGAUGAAGUGGGCUGCGUGGACCCAGACAUCUGCAAGAGGGUCUGUGGAGCUGCUGUGGGUUGUUCCAACAUUGCCUACCCCAAACUGGUGAUUGAACUCAUGCCUGAUGGGCUCCGGGGCUUGAUGAUUGCAGUGAUGAUGGCAGCCCUGAUGAGUUCCCUCACCUCCAUUUUCAACAGCAGCAGCACCCUCUUCGUUGUCGACAUCUGGCAGCGGGUCCGCAGGCAGGCCUCGGAGCAGGAGCUGAUGGUUGUGGGCAGAGUCUUCAUCCUCAUCCUUGUGGUCAUCAGUAUUCUCUGGAUCCCAAUCAUUCAAUCAGCCAACAGUGGAAAGCUCUUUGACUACAUUCAGUCCAUAACCAGCUAUCUGGCCCCACCAAUCACAGCCCUCUUCAUCUUGGCAAUCUUCUGCAAGAGGAUUAAUGAGCCUGGUGCUUUCUGGGGCCUCAUGGCUGGGCUUGCUGUGGGUCUGGUUCGGAUGAUCAUGGAGUUUAUUUAUAGCCCCCCGUCUUGUGGGGAGGAGGACAGGAGACCAGCUGUGCUAAAGGACUUGCACUACCUCUACUUUGCCCUCAUCCUCUGUACCCUCACUGCCAUUGUCACCGUCCUCAUCAGUCUCUGCACCCCACCAAUCCCUGAAGAAAAGCUGGGCAGCCUCACGUGGUGGACCAGGCACAGAAAAGCACCUGCUAUAAACCUGAAAAACUGCAAGAGUGAAGCAGCACAGAUCAGCCCAGAACACCCGGUAGAAGCUGCGGCUUCAGGAGAUACGGAGGAGGCAGCAGCCAAGCCUCCCUGCUGGAAAAUGGUGUAUUUGUGGUUCUGUGGUCUGCCCACCAGCCCCACACCCACCCUGUCCCAGGAGGAGAGAGCUGCCCUGGAGCAGACACUCACCAGCAUCGAGGAAAAGCCCCUGUGGAGGAUUGUGUGCAAUGCUAAUGCCAUUCUCCUGCUGACUAUCAACAUCUUCCUGUGGGCGUAUUUUGGCUGAGCUGGGGUCGGGAAUCUCAUGGCUUUGGUGGCUCUCACCUUCCUGUCUAAGCUGGCAGCAGCAGGUGACAGAGCCCCUGGUGACAGGCUGCUGGCACAUGGCAGCACAGCCCUUCCCUGGAGGCACUGCUUGCUGGGAAUGGCUGUGGGGCUCAGUUUCUCCAUGAGGGGUGACGAAGACUCGGCACUGGCCACAUCUGGGAUGCAGGGGAUGUGUGGGGUCAGGUUUAAGGGUGCAGAGCUGAGCGCAGCAAGGAGCAAAGGCUUCGGAAAGCCCAGCUGUGGCAUGGCUGGGGCCUAUCUCAGGGCUGACUUUGCACUGCUGUGCUUUGGGGAAGGAGUUCUGGUUUACACUGGCAGGGGGAAGGAGACUUAAACACUACCUGUGGUUUUUUAUAUGGCCAAAAUUCAGAUGGGAUCAGAGGGAUUAACUCAGCAGUGACAGCCUUGCCUCCCACAGCCUCCCCAGCCACCUUUGUGGGACCCCUCCCACCCCACCCCUUGUUGGCAUCAGCAGUGGGGACAGGGGGCUUCUUCCUGCUCCCCGAGCCCCCCAUCCUGCCCCCUCUGCUGCACGAGGGCUGGGCUUACACCAGCCUGAGCCUGUUUGCUCACGGGACUGAUGCUGCCCCUUAACAGCAUUUCCAGCAAUAAAGGUGCCUCGGUAAUCAAGCCAGUCCUGACUGUGGGUUGUGGUGGUGACCUGUCCUGCUCUGACACACAAAGGGCUCCCUGGGACCACAGUGACCUGGCUGUGGCAGGGAAAAGAAAAAUCCUUCCUUGGGGCCUGGCUCAGGACCUUGCUUUUUUGAGCAAGUUCAAGCUCCUCGGACCCACCUCAGGGCCAUCACAGAAGGUGGCACAGCCAAAAUCUUUGAAACCACGAAGAGACAGCAACACCCACUGUUAACAUCUGUGCCUGGAGAAGGCUGAAAAUGCCCACAGGGAUGUGACCCUGCAUCCAAAGGGCAGGUCCAAGUGACUGUGGGCUGUGUGGGGAGGUGAGGGCACACAGAAGAAGCACAGCACCAUGAAGAUGAAGAAAAUGAGUCAUGAGUCAGCAAGGAGGGAAGAAACAAGGCUCUGUUUCCACCAGGCAUGGGAAGGUUGGGCCAUGAUUCCUCUGCUUGCCCCCAGUUUGGAUGGAGCAGGAUGGGUUUGUGAUGGCCUCAUGCAGGUUAGUUUAAGCAUUCACUCAUUCUAAGAGGAAAAAGUAGAUUUCUUUUGAAGAAGGGAGCUCUCAGCCCCAUGAGCUGCCCCUCCAUCUCCACAGGAAGAGGCACAUGACACAGAGCUUGUCUUGCCUUUCCACUAUUCAGUUUCAGGCAGGAGAUGCCCAGAUCAGAGGGUGCCUCAAAAUAUUUGGAGAAAAUCAAGUUACCAGCAGUGAUUAAUAGCUGGCAAAUGUCUAAUAAAAACAGGUACAUUUUUAGUGCAUUUAGAAAUACCAGGGCUCUCACCUCCUCACCCUGGGCCACAGAGACCCUCAGCAGCUCUCAGCUCAAUGGGUUUAUUAGCUUUUUUGGACCACACAUCCAUGGGGACUGCAACACAGAGCAGGAUGAGGAAAUUGGGGCAGUUUUUCAAAUGUUUGAGAUUGUUUUUUUUCCCCAAGAAAAAUUCAGUGUUGCAGAAAGUAGAACUGAAUUUUGCUAAGCCUUUUUUUAAUGACAAAAUAUUUUUUAUCUUUGGUUAUGUGAUGAGUUUUUCCCCUCCCCAUCUCACCCCACGGAUCCUUGAAGGUAACUUUUCCUUUCAAAUGAUGAUGUUGAUGUUGGUUAAACAAAGUAAUGCACUUUGAGAGCUGUGACUGCAUCUCUGAGCUUGGCCCUGAGGAAUGGAGACACCCACACUGCCAGAUGCAGCCAGCUGUGCACCCUCAGGAGGAACACAUUUCAGUGGGAAACUUAUUUGAUUUCACUACUCUGCUUUGAUGCACUGAAGUGAAACAAAAGAGAAAAGAAUGAUUGGGGAGGGGGAGUCUGACAGGUUUUAUUGAAAUAAAGCAAAGUUGUCUCAAAACAUCUUGACCUUUGCUUGUUUCCUAGGAAAACAGUGUAA